AUGGCAGAAAGCACAUCAUCUACUGUUCGCGUGUGUCUGACACGCUGUCCACUGCCAACAGCGGCAAAUGACGUUCACUCGUUGCCAUGCCGCAUUCACUUUGACGGGCCGGCGGCAGUCAAGACCUUCUUUCGACCCCAAAAUGGCAAAAGAAAUAGCAACAGCACAGAUCAUGGUGGUCUAUGCUCCGAGGAGCAGGAUACCAUCAUAGAAUCAGAGCAGAUGGACGACAAUAGCAAGAAACUCUAUGCAGAUUUCCGUGGAAUUAGAUUGGAGGGAGAGAAGCUGUCGUUGGCAACUCUGGGCUGCACCGGCGUCGUCUUAGAAGAUUGUGGCAUGCGACACCCGGAUGAUGAAGGACGUAUCUGGGAAGUCGACGAUCAUUUUGAUGAGAUAACGUGGUGGGACGUGCCGAACCACACAACUAGCGACAAUCAGCAGCUUCCACUUGUGCUGCAGCAAUGGUGCAAGUUAGCCUCCGCGAUUCACGGAUAA